AUGCUCUCCCUCGCCAGCGGUAGCAAGACGAGAGGCAGCCGCAUGCAGACAUACAAGGUUCGCGUGACGAACUUGACUUUCAAGCAGGACUUCUCGGCCACCAUCAUCGUGGCGCAUGAGAAGGGUAGUCGACCCCUUUUCUCCGAGGGCGCGAAGGCGAGAAACGCAAUCAGCAUGCUGGCAGAAGAGGGCUUAAGCGGGAAUGUACAGAACAUCGCAACACACGAGCGCGGCUUCUGUGGCUUUGCCGCGCCCGAGAGCAAGGGUUUAAUCUUUCCCGGGAAGACAUGGGAGGGCAAAAUCCAAUUUGACGCGAACAAGUGCAAGGACCCCGUCUACUCGGUGGUGGCCAAGCUCGGUUCCGAGACGAACAACGAGAAGUGUACGUGCAUGCCGGGCCGGGCAUGCCCCGAGGGCACCAGGGACGCCCGUGAACGUCACGGCAGAAACUCAGAGGGCUUCAUCCACGUGCACCGAGGUUUCCAAGGCGUUGGAGAUCUCUCCAAAGACUACGGCUGGCAAAACCCGGUGGCGGUUGUUGUGGUCUCCAAGGCCUAA